AUGUCUGCUACCAAAAGAAAACAAAGAGAAAAUGAAGAUACUUCACAAACAAAGAUUAAUUCUUACUUUGUUAGCAAAGGUGACAAAGUAGACGAGACUAUUAAUAAAACAACUGUAAAAGAUAAAAGUAGUAAAAGUAAAAGUACAACAACAAAAAGUACAACAAAUAACAAACAAGUAAAAGAAGUUAAAAAGAAAAAGAAAGUAGAAGAAGAAGAAGUAAUUAAAAAGAAAAGAAAGAAAAUGUCGACAGAAUCUAUAAUUGAAGAAGAGUGUAAUAAGUUUAAAGAAGAUUGGCCAGAAUGGCGUAAACAUUUAUAUGAACAUGGAUGGGCAGUAGUACCAAAGGUAGUAGCUGUCGAACAAUGUGAACAAUAUAGAUCAAAGUUUUGGGAUUGGCUUGAAGGUUUCAAGACAGGUAUCAAGAGAAAUAGUUCUAGUUCUUGGACUAAUGCAAAUUGGCCAUCACAGAUACAUGGUAUCUUUCAACACUAUGCUCUCGGACAAGAACAAUUUGUUUGGGAUAUUAGAUCAGAACAAGCAAUCAUUGAUGUAUUUACUCAAGUAUACAAUACCGAUCAAUUACUUGUAAGCUUUGAUGGUGGUAAUCUUUCAAGACCUGGUCAUUCCUCUAAACCUUGGGCUCAUUUUGAUCAAGGUUCAAGUAAAAUGGGUUUUAGAUGUAUUCAAGGAUUCUUAAAUUUAAUGGAUUGUCAAGAUACAGAUGGAGGUUUAGUUGUUUAUGAUAAAUCACAUUUAGUACAUGAUAAAUUCUUUACAGAGUCUGGGAUUGAUUCUCAUGGUGAUUGGUAUAAAUUUGAUGAACAACCAGAGACAUUGCCAAUAUUUAAGAAUUGUAAAAUGGUAAAGGUCAAUUGUAAUGUAGGUGAUGUUGUUUUAUGGGAUUCCAGAACAAUUCACUAUGCAGUACAUCCAACUUCAAGAUCAUGUAGAAUGGUCGUCUAUGUAUCAUAUCAACCAGCUUCACUCAUCUCCGAGGCUGAUCUUAGAAAGAAACAACAAUGUUUUUAUGAAAAGAGAAUGACAAGUCAUUGGGCUUCAGAAAAUAUUAAAAUGUUUCCAAAGAAUCCAAGAACCUAUGGUGAUAAAGAAUUAUUAGAUAGAUUUAAAUAUGAUGAAGAAACACUUCCAGUUUUAACUCCAAGAGCAAGAUUACUUGCUGGAUUGGAUGCUUAUCCUGAAGUUUAA